GCUAAACCGGGGGUUUUAUACUCUUUAAUAGAGAAAGCCGCCAUCUGCCUACUGCAUCAGAAUCAGAACCUUUUCCCCAAAUUCGCUUUUCAACCAGACCUAGGGUUAGGGUUUCCACAUUGAGCGCCCAAUUGUCUCUGCAAAUCCACUCGAGCUCCAAUUUUUCGUUCUCGUCUGAUUCGAAAAUGCGCGCUCUCGAAGAUAUCCUCUCGCAGCCAGGAGUCCAAGCCCAUACUGCGCAGAGCUCGAAUCUUACCCUAACAGUGGAAGAUUCGGGUCCGGUAUUCUCCAAUUGGAUCACGGAGUGCCAUGGAUUUUGGCAUAAUGCGGCGUUGAUCGUUGCCUCGCUUCUCUUCGUCCUCUACUUGGGAUACCAGGCAAGGCAAAGCUUCCCUAAGCUCUCCCAUGGCCGGUCUUACAUCAUGGUCGCGUAUUACGCUUGUCUUUGGAUUGUCAGUUUGCUCAAUCUCGCCUGGUGCCUCUUUCAGGCAUGGGAGUGCACUCCUGGAAAAGAACUAGCGUGGAAUGUCUUAUCUUUGUUUACCACUUCUGGGAUGCUAUUUUUGGAAGUAAGCUUGCUAGCAUUUUUAUUCCAAGGAAAUCAUGUGAAUGGACUAGACGCUAUGACACGGACUUUUGGGGUUUCAGGGCUGCUUGUUGGGUUGGACCUAAUUCUCAAGGCAAUAUAUCUGUUUGGAUUUGGGAUCCCAUUAUUCAUCGACAGCAAUGACCAAACGCAUCAUAAGAAAUGGGGCUUGUGGAUUAUCCACAGGCUGGUGCUGACUGCUGUUUAUGGUCUUGUAUUGUUUAUGUACAAUUCCAAGUGGAGAGAAAAAUUACCAGCAAGACCUGCAUUCUACAAAUAUACUGCGAUCAUGUUCUCAUUGAAUGCACUAGCGUUGUUUGCCUGUGGACUUACUGGGAAUGGGGCUGGAUUUGGAUUCUGGUUAUAUGGUGCUACUAUUGUCUGUUACCAUGCGUUUUAUCUUCCUCUUAUAUACGUAACGUUUCUAGCUGAUUUUUUCCAGGAGGAAGAUUUGCACUUGGAAAGUGUGUACUACUCGGAGAUGAAAGAUGCCGGCUUCUUCGAUGUGGAUUGGGAAUGAAUGACGUGGAGCCAUCUCAAACCGUAAAAUGGUGUAAUCCAUCAAAAUCAUUGUAAAUAAAAGUAAAUAUUUUCAUGGUUUGACGAAAUUCCCAUCCUGCAAGUAGUUCUGUCACUCUAUUCUAUGACGCAAAACCACAUUUCAGCUUUGCUUUUGUAGUUUGUAAAUCUAAUAAUUUACGUUUGGUGCUACUGAUCAGUCUCAUUCUUAGUAGGUUGUAAAAUCUACAUGGGUAAAAACAAUUGUACACUUGUUUUCUA